GUCGUGACUAAAAUCUAAUCGAAACUCUGCUCGAAUUUGAGAAAUAUUUCUACAUGAACUCUACGACUGUGUAUUUAAGAACACAUUAAUUUCAUAAUUUUCUUCAAUUAAUGAACUUGUUAGUCAAAAUCACAGAAAUGUUAAAAUUUGUGAACCAAUCUUCGGCAACCCUUGUCGCAGCCGUAUGUGCGAGGACACACCACCUCCCGCUUCUUUUGACGCCUUGCUUCCAGGGGAGGAAAACAGAAGUUGCCCGUCACUCGUCCGCGGCUCCUUCAGUUCACAGCUGUAGCAAACGGCAACCCGCUCGGCCGGGCAAAAACAUAGGCGGUGCUGCGGAGGAGUGGGCUUCAGCUUUAUUUUCAACACAUGUUCUCUCCAACGCCACAUACUUUAGAAACAAACAAGUAUUAUUAUCAUGCAGUGAAAGGCUAGUUUGGGGGACAAGACAUCAGUACAAGGAAUUUUCAUCAUCUUCCAGUUCAACUUCAAGCACAGAGCCAGGAAUAUCCGAAAAGGAACUGAAAAGGGAAAUUGAUGAUUUGACCGACAAAUUCAUGGAGACCAGAGAACUCCUGGAAGAUGCUAUGGAGUCCAAGGACACUGUCUACUUCAAUGACGAUCUCAAGGACGCUAAGGAAGCUGUGCAGGAAACACUGUCACACUUCGAGGACCUCAUGGCAAAGCUGAGUGAGGAACAGGAGAGAAAUGUGAGGAGAACGAUUGGAUUGAAGAUGGAGGAGCUUAGAGCACAAGAGAUGAUGAUUGACGAGAGUUUGAAGGAGUGAAUGAUCAUUAGAAUUGGUUUCCGAAAAGAUGGGAUGUUUUGAAGGAAUAUAUUAUAAAUCUUUGGGCUUACUUCUCAUUAUAAUUCAGUGAGAUGCUGUUAUAUUGAAACUUUUAUGGAGCAAAAACACUCCUGAUACAUGUAUCAAGGUAAUUUUUGCUGGUCCCAAUUUUUUGUUUUCUAUUGUUUUCAAGCCAUGAUUCAAGAUGAAGCGUUUCUUGGUUCCAUUAGAGUGUGUUAUAAAGAGGUUCCAUUGUGUUCGAUAUAAGUUCAAAGGUUGGGGACUUUAAUAGUGACCCCAGAUUUGAUAAUUAGAAGACUUUUUUUUAAAAGAUGUCCACUGCAGUUUAAUGCUGAAAGGCAUGAUGAGGGACUUGCAACAAUCAUAUUUCUAAUGUACAUGUAUUCAGCAAAUCAGCUGAAAAGAUCUGACAGCUAAAGCAUUGAGAAAGGAUGAAUAAUUCACUAGUUUGCAUCGCGUAAUGAGGGAAAACUACCAUGAAUUAGAGAGAAGAAAAUAUUUCAUUAAAUAUAGAUUUUUAUAAAGAACAGUAAUGGAAAUCAAAUGGAGAAAUUGAUUGUGGGACCAUCUAAAUUUUUCCCCCAGGCAUUUAUAGAACAUACUUUGUGUAAAAUUACAGGAUUUUUCAAUUGCUAUGUUAAAUUGCAAAGUGUUUUACUUCCCAUUAUUUAUUGAUAGAGACAUUUCUAGUUUUAUAUUUCUUGUUAACUUCAGGGCAUUGUCUGUUCUGAAGGAUGCACAUUUUGGCGAUAAGUUAAGCAGGGUCUAUAUUCAAAGCACAUUAUAUUUCACUUGUAAAAAAAAAAAUGAAAAUGAAAAUGCCUUGUGCUAGUGUGCUGAUAAAGGUCAAAUACUCAAAUAGCCUACCGUAUAACUAUUCACUUUUAUUUUUUGUUAUAUUUAUUCAACUAACAAACAUGGUCUUUGAUGGUAUCGCACAAACUAGUAAAGCAAUAAUUGUAGACGCCAGUAGUUUUAUCGGGUAUUGGGUCUGUAUUCUUUCUUUAUUCAAUAGAGAGUGAGAGAAAGUAGUAAGAUGUCUUAAAGUAUUGAAUACUAUAUCAUUUGUUGUUUAGGUUAAAGCUGGUGUAUGGUCGGCAAUAGCAAUUGAACUCUGAUUUCUAAAAUGUACAUUUAAUUUAUUUCUUGUUUUGUACUGUUGAAUAUUGAAUUUAGUAAAACCAUUAUUCCCCAAACUACCAAACGUCUUGAAGUAUAUACUUGCAUAUCAAUGAUAACUGCACCCUUCAAUUUAGCAUCAAAAUCUCCUCUACUCACAUAAAUUUGUAUGUGAAUUAUCAUGAUGUCUGAAUCAACUAGCAAAUGGGGUGCAAUUCCUGGAGGAAGCAUGGUAAAUAAAUAAAUGUAUUUUUGUGCAUUACAUGUGUAUGUUUAAAGCAAAAGGAGAUAAUAUAACUUCACAGAGACAUGUAUGGCAGUCACUACCAUAUAACUUUAGAACUUGUGCAACGUGCUUGAAAACUACACGUUAAUCAUACAGAAAAUUGUGUUGAUAAAGUCGUAUGUGAUUUAUUGCCUGAAAUUGUCCACACAUUAUGAAGACAGAGGAUAACUGGUGGAAUUAUUUUAAUAUUAAACACUUCAGGUGAUACUGUACCUAGCCUAA